AUGAAGGCCACCGGAAUCGUCGCCCUCUCCCUCCUCGGCCUCACCGCCGCUGCGCCGCACAAGCACUUCCAGCACGCCAAGCGUGAUCUCGUCUGGAUCACCGAGACCGCCGAGGUUGUCGAGACCAUCGUCCAGACCACCACCGUGUGGGUUGACGCCACUGGGCCCGCGAACGAGUACACUCCUACUCCCACCCCGGAGCCUACCACUACCACUGAGGAGAUCCCUGUCUACACCCCGGAGCCCACGACCUCUUCUUCUUCUUCCUCGUCGGUCUACACUCCCCCGGCUCCCAGCACCACCGAGACUCCCACCUCGACCUCCACGCCUCCGGCUCCUACUACUACUGAGACUCCCACCUCGACCUACACGCCUCCGGCCCCUUCCACCACCGAGACUCCCACUUCGACCUACACUCCCCCGCCUGCCACUACCACCGAGACUCCUGCCCCGAGCACCUCGGCUGUCGUUGCCGCUGAGACCGCUUCUUCCGGCUCCUCUUCUUCCUCGGGAACCACCUUCUCGCCCUCCAGGAUCACCUACUACAGCCCCAGCGUUGGUCUUAGCUCUUGCGGUGAGGUCUACAGUGAUGACAGCAACGUCGUUGCCCUCGCCGCCGGCAACAUGAACUCGGGUCUCUGCAACAAGAAGCUCACCAUCGAGGUCAACGGCAAGACCUUCGGUGCCUUCGUUGGUGACACUUGCCCCGGCUGCCCCAGCGACGGCUCCCUCGACAUCACCCCCACCCUCUUCACCAAGAUGAUGGGCUCGACCGACGCUGGUGUCAUCACCGACGCCAAGUGGUGGUGGGACGAGUAA